CUCGCGCCAGUCAGUGGGACGCGCAUGCGCGCAGAAGAGUGCAGGAAAGGCGCCAAGAGGCAGAGCGAGGAGCGUCGCGAGAGCAUUUGAAGAGCCAACAACAGGUCAGAGUGGUGGAAGCACAGAGGACAGAGAGGAAAGUGGCCCCAGAUAUGAGGUCUACUCACAAAAUCAAAUCCUCCCUUGUGAAAGUUGGAGCUGCUCCUGAAAGUCUGCCUGAAAUGGUGACAGAGGCCCAGGCUUCAGGAGUGUCACUGGGCAAAGUCUCAUCUGUUGAAAGCUCCCCCGAAGAUCACGCUUUGGAAAACAAGGGCACAGGCACCUGGUCUCUGACGGCCUGGGUCUCUGAGGUCCAGGCUUUUGAGGCCCGGGCCGUGAGGGCUCAGGCAUGGGAGACACAAGCUUUUGAGGCUCAGAGCAGGGCCAGCCAUCCCAAGGUAACCCCUGUCACGGGGGCAGCGGCUGCCCCAGUCCUGAGACAGAGAUUCUUACCCGAGAAAGUUCAGGUGCCAGAGGAGGAAAAGAGUGAACUCCUCAUUACUCGUCCAUUCUGGUCCAACAAGGCUGAGUACCUCCUGGCCCAGGUGGGCUAUACCAUGAGGCCGGCCAGUCUCUGGAGUUUUUGCUACCUGUGGCUUCACAGCGGAGGUGGCAUUUUUCUCAUCAUCUACAUCUUCUUGCUGUUCUUGAUCGGGAUUCCUCUCCUCUUCCUGGAGAUGACAGCUGGUCAGAGGAUGCGUCAGGGCAACAUUGGUGUGUGGAAGGCCAUCAACCCCUGGACCGGUGGUAUAGGGUAUACAAGCUUAAUGGUGUGCUUCAUCAACGGCUUGUUCUUGAAUGUGGUCACUGCCUGGAUCCUCUUCUACUUGAGUCAGUCCUUCCAGUUUCCCGUUCCGUGGGAGAAAUGUCCCUUACUGGAGAAUGCCAGUGGCUUUGAUCCUGAGUGUGCACGGACGACGCCUUCCCUGUACUUCUGGUACCGGAUGACUCUGAAGGCCUCAGACAGCAUUGAGAGCAAUGGGCCACCAGUGUUGAGUCUGACCCUGCCCUUAUUCGUGUCCUUGUGUCUUCUUGGUGCUUUCAUGCUUAAAGGGCUCAAGUGGACUGGGAAGGUAAUGUGUGUCUUGGUAUCAACCAGUGGUCUCAUAAUGCUCUAUCUUGUCGUGCGGAGUAUAAUGCUGGAAGGGGCAGUGUUUGGCCUUCACUAUAUGACAGUUGUUAAGAUAUCAACUAUAGCCGACGCGAGCAUAUGGCACGGAGCAGGGAACCAAGUCUUGUGUUCCUUGGGCCUCGGCUUUGGCUCCAUUGUCUCCAUAGCCUCGCACAUGGAAUCGUCCAACAGCUGUCUCAGCGAUGCUGUUAUUGUGGCUCUGGCUAACCUGGUCUCCAUGAUGCUUGUCACACCUUUUAUCUUCUCUGUCUUGGGCUUCUGGGCCACACAGCUCACGCACCACUGCAAUGCGAAGAAUAUUGAAACAAUUUUGAAGCUGGUAAACAUGGGGAUACUGCCUCCUGAGGCCCAGCCACCUCAAAAUCUGAUUGGUAACCCAACUUCCAUCUUCACCUCCUGGUUCAACAGCCUCUCCCACCCCAUCAAGAAGGAGGUCCUCAGCCAUGUGUCUGAGUGCAACUUAGAGGAGCAGUUUUUGAAGAUUAAGGAGAGCACAAACUUUGCUUUCCUGGCCUUCAUUGAAGCCAUGUCUUUUAUUCCUGGGUCUAUCUCCUGGUCCAUCCUGUUCUUCCUAAUGUUGCUGAACCUGGAGUUGUCCACCACGAUAGGGAUCACACAUAGCAUCAUUACCUCUCUCCAGGACAUCUUUAUUUCUGUCCAGAAAUAUACAAAGCUGUUUACAGGCAGCUACUACAUCAGACUGCUGAUUGACUACUGGACAAUCGUCCCUAUAAUCAUCAUCAUCAUAUUUGAAAACUUGGCUGUGAACUGGGCCAGAAAGGCCGGCAGGUGA